UUACACAAAACAAAAAGAAGCAGCAAAAAACAUUCAAGUCAUUUUGCAAAAAAAAUUAGAAUCAGUUGCAAAUUUUUGAUAUUUUUAUAAAUCUAUUAAUUAAAAACAAAUUUAACAUGGUUUUCGGUAACAAUUGGAUGGAUGCUGCCCACAGCACUGGCACCACCAUUAUGGCUGUUGAAUUUGAUGGCGGUGUGGUUAUUGGUGCCGAUUCCCGUACUAGUACUGGUGUUUAUGUAGCCAACAGAGUUACCGACAAACUUACCCGCAUUACUGAUAAAAUCUAUUGCUGUCGCAGUGGUUCUGCUGCUGAUACACAAGCCAUUGCUGAUAUUGUGGCUUACUCUUUGAACUACCACGAAAACCAGACCGGCGAUGAACCUUUGGUAGCUGAAGCUGCUUCUGAGUUCCGUAAUUAUUGUUAUAAUUAUCGUGAUUCGUUGGUGGCUGGUAUUAUUGUGGCCGGUUGGGACAAAAAGAACGGUGGUCAAGUUUAUUCCAUUCCUUUGGGUGGCAUGUUGAAACGUGAACCCGUGACCAUUGGAGGUUCUGGUUCCAGUUACAUUUAUGGUUUUGUGCGUGAGUUCUUCAAGCCCAACAUGAAGAAAGACGAUUGUGUUGAAUUUGUUAAAAAGGCUGUAAGACAUGCUAUGUAUCAUGAUGGUAGCUCGGGUGGUGUAGUACGUAUUGGUAUCAUUACUGGAGAAGGUAUUGAGCGUAAAGUUUUCUUCAAUACCGAAACUGGAGAACCCUUGGUUUCUGGCCAAUGAAAUUUUAAUUAUAAUCAAUCCACUUUUGUAAAAACAUAAAAUUGAAAUAAUAAAGAACUGGAAAAGGGCUUCAAAGAAGCUAAGAGUUAAAAAACAGAA